AUGCUACAUUUGAUUUUUCAGGCUCUAUCCUUCUACACUCGGCAUCAUACGAUAGAAUGUGGAUCUCGGAUAAAUGCAGAGGGGAGCUAUCGUUUACCAAAACACGAGUUGUGCACCAUCAAUGUUGAAGUGCCUGAAAAGACGGCGGUGCAAAUCACUAUUUCUGGAAAAGAAUUCAAAUGCCGUCGUCAACUAAACGACUUAGUAGUACGUAAUUGCAUAGUCUCUACCGAAACGAGACUACCAACAUUUCCAUGCUUGGAUCGAGUCGGUGCAGCUGUAUUCACUGGAGCAGACAACGAGUACAUAAUCAAUGCUAGGGAACUUCCCGUUGGUACUCAUAUUGGGGUAUCCUACUACAAUACACAGUUUGAAUGCGGAGAUUCGGUGCCAUUUGAUGUUGUCGGUAUUCCCUUGACUAUGUUGUACAAUAAGGAAAAAGAGGAUUGCUCGUUGGUGCUACCUGGUAGAGCACAAGCACUUGUAGACAGAAUUGAAGGCUCUGAAGUGUGCAUUCAAUUCAAUCAAGGACUUCGAUUAGGCGAUUUUCCAUUGCAUAGCAAAAAAGCCUGUUACACGCAAGGAGGUAGAUCUUUCAACAAUUUGUUUUAUGCUACGUAA